UGUUCUCCGCGGUCGCGUUGUUCCCUCCUGCCCCCCACCAAUAAAACCCAAGGAAGUCUGAAGAUUGAGAGGAUAGACAAGAAACCGGGCGGAGGAAACGCUGAGGGAGUUGCACAGGACGGAGCAGAGGGAGUGAGAGGGGGAGGUAGUGUGACAGGAGGGCCGCUCUUGCAAAAAAAAAAAUCUAUUGAUACCGCAUACACCACGCAGAAAUGGCGGAGCACCACACAGCCGGCGACGGCAAGCACAAAGCGUCCGCGAAUGCCGGCGGAUCGGCGCACGGCAACAGCCGGUCCGGCGCAGGUGGUGGUGGCGGAGGAGGAGGAGGAGGAGGAGGAGGCGGCGGCAAAGGAGGCCUGUCCGGCGGACUGACACAGCCAGCGGGGUGGCAGUCUCUACUCUCGUUUACCAUUCUCUUUCUGGCCUGGCUGGCAGGUUUCAGCUCAAGACUUUUCGCCGUCAUCCGCUUCGAGAGCAUCAUUCACGAGUUUGAUCCAUGGUUCAACUACAGAUCAACGCAUCAUCUCACCACCAAUGGCUUCUACGAGUUCCUCAACUGGUUCGACGAGAGAGCCUGGUACCCUUUAGGCAGAAUUGUGGGGGGCACGGUAUACCCGGGGUUAAUGGUCACCGCGGGCCUCAUCCACUACGUGCUCAACCUGCUUCACAUCACAGUGCACAUCCGGGAUGUGUGUGUGUUUCUGGCGCCGGUGUUCAGCGGUCUGACCUCCAUCUCCACCUUCUUGCUGACGCGGGAGCUGUGGAACCAGGGGGCGGGGUUGCUGGCAGCCUGCUUCAUUGCCAUCGUCCCCGGCUACAUCUCCCGCUCAGUGGCCGGGUCCUUUGACAACGAGGGCAUCGCCAUCUUUGCACUGCAGUUCACCUACUACCUCUGGGUGAAAUCAGUGAAGACCGGCUCGGUAUUCUGGACCAUCGGUUGCUGUCUCUCCUAUUUCUACAUGGUGUCAGCAUGGGGAGGCUACGUGUUCAUCAUCAACCUGAUUCCCCUGCAUGUGUUUGUCUUACUGCUGAUGCAGCGAUACAGCAGAAGAGUCUACAUAGCUUACAGUACUUUCUACAUCGUGGGUCUCGUGCUAUCAAUGCAGAUCCCAUUCGUGGGCUUCCAGCCAAUCAGGACCAGCGAGCACAUGGCUGCCGCAGGUGUGUUUGCACUGCUCCAGGCCUAUGCCUUCCUGCAGUACCUGAAGGACAGGCUGACCAAGCAGGAGUUCCAGACCCUCUUCUUUCUUGGGGUCUCUCUCGCCGCUGGUGUGGUCUUCCUCACCGUCAUCUAUCUCACAUACACAGGUUACAUCGCUCCUUGGAGUGGCCGUUUCUACUCGCUGUGGGACACUGGUUAUGCUAAGAUCCACAUUCCCAUCAUAGCGUCGGUGUCGGAGCACCAGCCCACCACCUGGGUCUCCUUUUUCUUCGACCUCCACAUCCUGGUGUGCACUUUCCCAGCUGGCCUCUGGUUCUGCAUCAAGAAUGUCAACGACGAGCGAGUAUUUGUGGCGUUGUAUGCCAUCAGCGCGGUGUACUUUGCUGGGGUGAUGGUGCGCCUGAUGCUGACUCUCACGCCAGUGGUUUGCAUGCUAUCAGCUGUGGCCUUCUCCAGCGUCUUCGAGCACUACCUGGGGGACGAUAUGAAAAGGGAAAACCCCCCUGCCGAGGACAGCAGCGAUGAAGACGACAAGAGGAACCCUGGGAACCUCUACGAUAAGGCUGGCAAGGUGCGCAAACACGUGUCGGAGCAGGAGAAAGCAGAAGAGGGACUGGGGCCAAAUAUAAAGUCUAUAGUCACCAUGUUGAUGUUGAUGCUGUUGAUGAUGUUUGCCGUCCACUGCACGUGGGUCACAAGUAACGCCUACUCCAGUCCCAGUGUGGUGCUGGCCUCUUACAACCACGAUGGGACACGCAACAUCCUGGAUGACUUCCGGGAGGCCUACUAUUGGCUGAGGCAGAACACAGAUGAGCAUGCCCGGGUUAUGUCAUGGUGGGACUACGGCUACCAGAUAGCGGGCAUGGCUAACAGGACCACCCUUGUAGACAACAACACAUGGAACAACAGUCACAUAGCACUGGUGGGCAAAGCCAUGUCGUCCAACGAGAGCGCGGCCUACAAAAUCAUGAGGUCGCUGGAUGUGGACUAUGUGCUGAUUAUCUUCGGAGGCGUGAUUGGCUACUCAGGCGAUGACAUCAACAAGUUCCUGUGGAUGGUGAGGAUAGCGGAGGGAGAGCACCCCAAGGACAUCAGGGAGAGUGAUUAUUUCACCCCUCAGGGAGAAUUCAGGGUGGACAAGGCCGGCUCACCCACGCUGCUCAACUGUCUCAUGUACAAGAUGUCCUACUAUCGCUUCGGUGAAAUGCAGCUGGACUUUCGAACGCCGCCCGGCUUUGACCGGACACGCAACGCCGAGAUCGGUAACAAGGACAUCAAGUUCAAACACCUGGAGGAGGCCUUCACCUCAGAACACUGGCUAGUCAGGAUCUACAAGGUCAAGAAGCUGGACAACCGAGAGCCACUGGACCACAAGCUGCGUAGUAUCGUGCCCAGGCAGAAGUACACCUCCAAAAAGACUGCAAAGAGGAAGCGAGGACACAUUAAGAACAAGCUGGCCCUGAAGAAAGGCAAGAAAUUGAGCAGGAAAUAGUGAAGAUGAACUCUUCUAGAAAAAUACACAAAAAAAAAUGCAACUGCAAAGAACAACCCCAAGAAGAAUACAGUGGCCAUUGUGUGGAAUGUCGGCGCUUUGUCUCGAGCGCUGCUCCCCAGAGCGCCCUCACUUGUUGUGGAGGUGGGAGUGUCAUAUUCUGGCUAGCACCGGAACCGUCGUGCGUAUUAUCUCGAGGAACUUUGUCUUGCUAUUUUCCCCUGUUUGAUUUUUGUCUUUUUUUUUUUUUCUUUCUUCCAGAUUUGUUUCGGUUUUUGUUUUGGUACUUGAAUGUGUGGCAAGGUACAGAGCUGCUCAACCAGGUCUAGCAUCAAUUAAUUCUUGUGGU